AGUGUGUCGCUGGUUAACAUCAGUCUCCUUCUCAUUGAACACAUAUUGGAUUAUACAUCAGAAAUAUCAUGGAAAUAUAAGCCUACCAAUAUCUACGAAAGACCACAAUGAGAUUGGAAGCAGACGAAACCACAAGGGAUGACUGACCAGCAGUUCAAAAACAUUAUCAGAUCACCACAACAGACGAUUGUUAAUCAAAUAUUCAAGGACCGGAGCAAAACGAGGAUGUGAAGAGUCGUUUUUCUAGUUCAAACAUCUGUGUCAGAAUUAGCAACUAAUUUGGAUGUGCAGAUUCUUUUUGGAUUUCAACAUCUGUGUCAAAGAGGAAUAUCCUAGCAAAGACAUUGGAUUAUACAUGAUAAAGUAAUGGAAAUAUAAAUGAUCUGAAUAUACGACAAAAGUGUGUUUUGAUGACUGCUGCGUUUUUUCAUGAGAUUUAGAAUUCUGAACCUAUGGUUUCUUCAGAUUGUUCAAGGGAUAAACUCAAGUGAUUACCAAACUGCAGUAUUAGGGCCAUGAUGGUUUACUGGUAGGUCUUGAUAUCAAUGGAUACUUUUGAUUUAGACAUGUGAUUAUUAAAGUCUCCAUAUAUUGCUUGGGUCUGCUUGAAAUAAGAGUUUUGGUUGUGAGUAUCUUUUUUAGCAUGGACCAUCAAUACUUGGAAUGGUGUAGCUCGCACUCCUGCGGUGAUAUUGGAUUUGGUCUUUAACAAAGUAAAGUGUUCCAAAUAGUACCACCACAGAGUAACUUUUUUAUGUUGAUAGUGAAAUCCAUUCGUUGCAAAGCCGCCUAUCCAAGCAAUAUCACAAAGUGAUCUAGCAACAUAUGUGAUAUCAAUCAAAUUUAAAAUCAACAUUAGAUCAUUGGUAGCAGACGCUCUCCAUCAUGCUCAUCAUAACAAAUGAGACCAUACCCAACAUCAGUCAUCCUCACUUCGUACCCAAGGAUACAAAGGGGACAGAAUCGGCCCUCCUGAUCAUCGUGGCGUCAGUGGGGAUGAUAGGGAACUUUGGCAUCGUCAUCACGAUACUCGUUCUCCAGGAUUUACGCAAGACGUCAAGCGCAUUUCUCUUUCACCACAGCAUCCUGGAUUUUAUCAAAUCGGCGUAUUGUUUACCAUUUGCGUACAGCAUCAUGAACGAGCGGGAACCGGUUUUCUGCAACAUUCUUGGUGGCUCAUUCAUUGUGUUUGUGACUACAUCUGCUUUCAACCUUCUGGCAAUGGUCAUGAACGAGGCCUACCAGUUCGCAGACAUGAAUCUCGGCAUAAAAGAUUCGGCAAAUUUCUGUUGUGUCCUAUUUGGAAUAUGCAUGAUCUGGUUCACAAGCCUCAUUCUGAAUUUAGGCGUGGCAUUUAUUCCCGGAAAUCCGGCUUAUAAACGUGACGUCGGGCACUGCACGUUUCUCUAUGGAAUCACAGGGAAUUAUGUGCUACACGUUCUAUGGAUUAGUCUCGUUUCAUUUGCCAUGGUGCUAACUGUCAUGUACCUCAGAAAGUUACACCGCGAUAUCAAAAUGAACUCAUACUACCGUCUCUCAACACUCAUACGUGCAACCAUUCAUAUCGAUGCCAAUAAUUCACCAGAAAUCACUCCAGACGACCAAGCCGAGAAAAUCUUGAUAAAAAAAAUCGAAAGGUUUAGCUUACGAAAAGUGUACGUACUCAUGACGAUGACACUAUGCUUUGUGUUAUUCUGGUAUCCGCUCUUCAUGUUGACAGUAGUCGAUCCGAACUUCACGGCAAAUCCGUUUGGGUACCGUAUAUUAACGAUGUUUGCAUGUAGCAAUGCUGCCAUGUCACCGUUCAUAUUCAUAUGUCUGAUCAAGAAAAACUGUUGCUGUAAACACGACUUUCCAGAUUUAAUUCCUGGGCCGGAGGCAGGCGCUGAUAACUCUUCACAACUUUCCUUAGAGAGUAUACGCCACACGCCCAAUAGGCGCUUGAUGGGCAAUGAACGUUCUAGUUCAGGGAUUUAUAAUGAAUUUUUCUCAAGGGCAGAUCGGCGGGCCGCAUCCACCCAAGAAACAGAAUGUAUGACACAAUCACACGCCAGCACUGAAAUGAUUGCCGAGUGCAGUACAUCAAGUCUAGGCACGCGGCCAAAGCAAAAACGGACUAGAAAAACACCAAACAGUUUAUGGAUUCCUUCACCGACUUUAUGAGGCAAGGAGUAUAAAUGGACUUAAUUUAAAAGUUUACCAAAAGUUGGUGAAAAUGACUUUCCACUUGAGGUAAGAUAAGGUCAGAAUUUUGGGAGUUUUCAUGAUCUGCGCCAUGAGCCCUGUUGCUGUUUUUGACAGAGCAGUUCACCACCAAGCUGUUGUUGGCUGUCAUCAGCAUACGGUUUGGUUGACUGGUUGCUUAAGAUUGCUAACAACUGCCAGAGUCAGAUGAUCCACAGAAAACAAGUCUAAUCUUGUGUUAACUUCACCAACUUUUGGCAAGCUGAAAAAUAGGAAAUUUCACAAGGCCAUUUUUUAUCAUAGAUCAGGAGACAUUGCACAAUUUUGUAAAGACCCAACUGCAUUUAUCAUUUAAAGUUUAUUUCUAUAUCGAUAGAUUUUCACUUUCAUAAGAUGAACUAGGAACCUACUCCGCAAUCAAUACAAGGUUUGUGAACAUAAGGUUGCACAUUAUGGGGUAAAAUAAUACUCUUGUCAAAUAUUAUAUUUUGCGGUAAAUGUCAUCAUAUGAAACUCCAUAACAAAAGAGUUUGGUCUUCUUAUCAUCUUUUCAUUUCUUCAAAUAUUUGUCUUAUUUUGAUAUUUAGAUGCUUAGAGAGUCACAUGCUUGCGUUUUAAGAUGUUUUUUAAGGGAUUCAGAAGUGAAUUUUUUUCGUUUUCGAAGAGGACCAUGAUGGAGAAAGAGAGGCGGGGACCCUUCUUUACCCUCUUUACCUUUCUUUACCUUUCAGCAAUCAAAAUUCUUGAAAACAAGAUUAGUUCACCAAUUCCAUUAUAAAUUCUAGAAUGGAUGCCGUCAUAGAAUCUAUGAUAAGGGUUUUCUGUCAUAGAAUCAUUGAUGCCCAUUGUAGAUUCUAUAAUACUUAAUCCAGUUCUCAUAGAUUCAAUGGUAGAAACUUUUGCCUGUGCAUCAUAUUGUCAAUCUACGGAUGGCCUUUUUUCUCAUCCAGACCUUUUAACCCAAUCAGUUUCGCGCUAAGUCCGAGCUAGGUCUAUCACUGAAGUUUUUUGCUAUGAUAAUGGCCAGUGACAUUCUUCUGGUGGUGGAAACUGCAGUUAUACCCUUCCAGUAACCUUCAAGCAGCAAGUGACCUCAAAAAUACACCGGGGAGCAGUGAUUUAUUUUUGGCUCCUUAGUGUAAUUUUGAUGCAAUUUUUAUUCAGAAGUCGGUUACUGUAGAAACAAAUGAAAGUAAUACUAACUUUCCCCCUUUUUAUUUUGCAACAGUAGCCUCCUACAUGUACCUUGAAAUCCGGAAACAUCCACUCAUAAAUAUACCACAGGUCUAGCCAGGUGAUAAAAUCGAAAUAUUAGCACCUGCAGAUUGUAAUCACAAGGGGAACACCUGCAAAUUCAGCUGACUGCUGAAUUUGCAAAGGUGAAAUUAUGUACUCCCAAACCGAGCUGUGUGUGUAAAGUAUGAUUCCUGCCAAACACUGUAGAUAUAACUCAUAUUUGUAGAUAUUUCGACUGUACAUACAUUAUUUCAUAGCUUUCGUUCCUUAAUUGAUGAGACCUAAUGAGAUGUAAUGCAACAGUAUAAUGAUAAUGAUAUUGUUUAGUUUGAUGCCCCCAUCAUGUUUGCGGAUGGGGGAGGAGGAUCAAGAGUUCAAUAUGGAAGCGGUACAUUCUUUGAAUGCCAAUGGCAGUAACGGGACUGUAUCUUGGUUUCUGAACGAUCCCGUAUUGAGCGGAGUGACUUCAAACUGGUCUACAAAUUACAGAAUAUUGUUCUUUAGACCUCUCACUAGUUGCUCAAGGCAAUUAUUAUUGGUGACAUUAGAUCGAUAGCCCGAAGCACAUGCCACGAUAGGGGUACAAUAACAAAGUUCUACCCGAAGGUAACCUUUGUGACCUCACAGCAAAAAACGUUCAUGAUAUCAUGUUGCGGAGGGACUUGGUAACGUCACAGUGAAAUACGCAGAGCGGUUGACGCUGCCAUGUGAUAUACCGGUAGAGAAAGACGUCAUUCUGAAUGAACGCCAGAGCCGAUCACAUAUCUAUUUGGCAAUGUCAC